GAUUCGGUCUGGAACAAUCCUUUUCAACACUUUCUGUGUUUUGUAUUGGAAACUCAUUAGGGACGAGCUCCGCUUCAUUCGCAUACAAGUCUAUUUCUUACUAGCACUUCUGUUUCUAGUUCCCUCAAUCUUCGGAGACGGUGGUUCAGACAGCAAUGGAGUGGAAGAGAGAUCUAGGCUUCUCCGAAAGAUUGACGGCUAUUCAAUCACUUACCACUGCCUUCCAGCGAGCUUCAUCCUCCGCUGCAUUCACAGAGGCCCAAUCCCAGGCGAGGAAAUGUGAAAACGAAGCUUAUGAUCAAGCUUCAUCGCGUGAAGAAUAUGAAAGGCUUUGCCAACAGGCGAUUGACGCAGCAGAGGCCAUCGACUCGGUAGCCCUUAUUGAUGACUGUCAAGAUCAGCUUCAAGAGGAGCCAGACAAGUCUGAUCCAGGUCAUGGCGAGGUGAUUGGUCCAUACCAGUCGUGCUUCCAUCAUUUUGAUGGUCUUCACUCGACUGUCUACAAAUCGCGGCGAGCGGACAACACUGUCGUCGCGCUCAAAGUACUCAUUCCACACAUGCUGGCGCCUCCACACCACGCCACACGUGAGAUUCAGCUGCUGCGUGAUGCAGCCCAUACCCAUGUGAUUCCAUUGCUCGACACACUCAAGCUAGACGGAGGACGCCUGGCUUUGGUCUUCCCCUUCAUGAAGCAUGAUUUCGAGCAACUGCUCCGCCGGGGCGCAUUGACGGCGACACAGACAAGAUCUCACUUGAAAGACAUGUUUCGUGCCUUAGCACAUAUACAUUCACUGGGGAUCAUACAUCGGGACAUCAAACCAUCCAACAUCCUCAUGGACUCUCCCGAUGGGCCCGCUUACCUGGCAGAUUUUGGCAUCGCUUGGAAGGAGGGAACUAGGGACUCGGAACCAGCCGAUGAGAAGAUCACAGAUGUAGGAACCACCUGUUACCGGUCACCGGAGAUCCUUUUCGGCUUCAAGGGCUACGGAAAUAGCCUUGAUCUUUGGGCGGCUGGCUGUGUCGUGGCCGAGGCCUUGUCCGUGGGACAUCGUCAACUGUUCGACUCGGGACCAGUUGGUAGUGAUCUUUCCCUUAUUCAGUCAAUCUUCCUUACAUUGGGCACUCCGGACGAGAGCACUUGGCCGGAGACAAAGUCUCUUCCUGACUGGGGAAAGAUAGAGUUCAAGAAAUUACCCGCCAAACAGUGGGACGAAAUCCUCAAAGGAGCCUCGUCCAAGGGGCGUGACUUGGUCAGCAAACUUGUCCGAUAUGAAAGCUGCGAGCGACUCUCUGCUGAAGAGGCGCUAAACCACCCCUACUUCUUAACUGCCUGAGUUGUUGUCUAUUUUGUCGAACAUCCCCUGCACACUUGACCUUGGUCCGCAAGAUGUAGGUAUAUGUUGCUUAGUCGACCUCUGCCUGUUAGCCAGUUCUCAGGAUUGUCGAUCGUCAUGUGAUCGAUGAUUGUAGAGUAGCAGGAUCCUGGCCCACCUCGGCAAUUCAUCUGCAAUGGAUGCAAUCCGGCAAGUUAGCAAAACUGUGGCACAGGCCUGUGUCUCUGAGAACGAUGCCAGGCACUCAUUGGCUGGCGCAACCUACAGGCAGCCCCGGUUUCUACGUAGUCAGUUUCAGGGCAGCCUCAGGCUCCCGAUGCCUCCUGCUGAUCCGUUAAAAGAUAGUGGUAGUAUCAUGACUAAACUGCAAAGGGGGACUUUAUGGGCUGAUUUGGCGAUGAACUGGCGUCUUCCCACGGCACGGGAGGUUCACUUUUCGAGAG